AUGUUUGUUUGUUUUUCCAGGUCGAUAAUUGCUAAUGAUACAACAACGGCUUCCACGAGUGCUAUUAACGUUCUACCGGUAGAUACGAUAAAUAUAAACGAAAAUGUUCAAAAUUUUAUUGGUGUUUGGCUUGAUAAUAGCUCUGUAGAAAGAAAGACAGAUGUUUCUAACUAUAACAAUGAAGAUUAUUUAAAAACACAAGCCAGCUUGGAUCUUGUUUUCACGUAUUUAAAGUCCUAUAUCGAUCCAUUUAAAUUUUUUUUUGACAUAGAUUCUGCUUCAAUCGCUGGAAAAAUAUUCUUAGUUGUAUCGCACUUAGAAGAUGAACAUGUCAUUUCUCUUGUACAUAGUCGAUCUGAAAUCGAAUUCAUUUACGUGUACCACCCACAGAAUAGUAUUGCCGAGAAAAAGAAAGAUGAUGGGUGGAUCCAAAAGUAUCCAAAAAUUCGCGGUGGUGUCUUCAUGACUAGGGAUAAUUUAUGCGCUCAAAUAAAAGCUGACAUUGAUGAAUAUUCUAGUGAUGAACAAAUAGAACUAAAUACAGUUCAAGAGGAUAAAAGUUAUGAAUCGACAACUACUACCAACCGUACAACUAUUACUAGUACUUCGUCUAGCAGCAAAUAUACUCUACCGCCAAUGGCUAUUUUUACUUCGGAUACAAAAGAAAAUGUUAUUCACAACUUAAACAAAGAAUCUGCUUCAUUCAUUUGGUUUCAAUUAUUGGCUGAAAUUUUACUUCGUAUGUCUCAUUCGGAUGAAGCAAAAGAAGAUAUGUUAAAUGAAUGUCUUUCGCACACUCUUUUAACACUCGGUGAUUUUUUGAGAGAAGCUGGUGAAUAUAAGAAAGCUGAAAACUAUUAUCGACGAUUACUAGUUGAAUUUCCACAAAAAACGGAUGAAAUGAGAGGAAUUAUUUAUAAUAAUUUAGGUUUAGUUCGUCUAGAAGGAGGUGAUCCUGAUGUAGCACUAGAAUAUUUUGAAAACGCAGAAAAUAUCUUAAAACCAUUAAAUAGUGAUCUACCAUUGGCUGCUACAUAUGGUAAUAAACAAAUGGCCUAUUGUCAUAAAGGUAAUUAUCAUGCUGCAUUUCAAAAUCAUGAAAAAACUCGAGAAAUUAUAUUAAAAUCAUUACCGGCUAAUGAUCCAUCGAUGAUUAAAAUUCAUAUAAAUACGGGUGUUACAUAUCAUAAAAAAGGAAAUUAUGAUGAGGCUCAAAGAAAUUAUCAAAAAGCUCUUGAUCUUCAAUUAAAAGCUGAAAAAUAUCCCCCCGAUCUGUCAGCAAUUUAUAAUAAUAUGGGUGGUUUAUAUUACAGUAAAGGUGAUUAUGAAAAUGCUUUGAAAUAUUUUAAUAUGGCACAUGAGACUGUAGUCGAUUUUUUACCUCAAACACAUUCUUGGUUAUUGGAUUAUAGACGAAAUAUAGCAGCUGCAGUUAACCACGAUAGAAGUACGCCCAAAAAACUAAAACGUCAGUAG